AUGACAGCCCUUACGAAACUUCGGCCCACGGCGACCCUGCGCGCGAUGGCGACGUACAACACAGUCUCGGGGAGAGUCUACUCAACCAAGAAGCCGGCCAACCCAACCGCUCAAUUCUACCGGCAAUUCACCCGGCCCAUUGCCAAGACGCUGCUCCUCGCUGUAUUUACGUACCAGUUCGCGUACUGGGCGUGGGCAAAGGCCGAGGCCGAUGAGAUUCGCGCCGACAGAGAUGCAACGAUAGCCGGUCUGGAGGCGACGGUAAAUGAGUACCAGGCGAGGACGAAAGGUACUGAGGAGAAGAGCACCGCGGGUAAGAGCUCAUGA